AGCUCCCGUCACAGUUUGUUUCAGAAUGGAGUUAAACUCGAAGAGGGACUCCCGCCGCGGCCGCCGCUCCUCUUUGUUGUUCUUGAGUAGUUUCACUGUCCGCUGGGGCCGACUCCCUGGGUCGGCUGCAGAGGCUGCCUUAGGUGGCUAAACGCAAGUUAUUAUCCUGAAUACCACAUGUCUAACAGUUUUCCUUGCAACGUUAGCCAGUAUUUUUUUACUGCCACCAAAAGAUCAAAAUUGCUCUGGAAGUUGGAGACAUAUUUGAUUUAAAAGAAAUAACUUUAACAAAUGGACAGUAUGUCUAUUACGAAUACACCAACAAGUAAUGAUGCCUGUCUGAGCAUUGUACAUAGUUUGAUGUGCCAUAGACAAGGUGGAGAGAGUGAAACAUUUGCAAAAAGAGCAAUUGAAAGUUUGGUAAAGAAGCUGAAGGAGAAAAAAGAUGAAUUGGAUUCUUUAAUAACAGCCAUUACUACAAAUGGAGCUCAUCCUAGCAAAUGUGUUACCAUACAGAGAACAUUGGAUGGAAGGCUUCAGGUGGCAGGUCGGAAAGGAUUUCCUCAUGUGAUCUAUGCCCGUCUCUGGAGGUGGCCUGAUCUUCACAAAAAUGAACUAAAACAUGUUAAAUAUUGUCAGUAUGCGUUUGACUUAAAAUGUGAUAGUGUCUGUGUGAAUCCAUAUCACUAUGAACGAGUUGUAUCACCUGGAAUUGAUCUCUCAGGAUUAACACUGCAGAGUAAUGCUCCACCAAGUAUGUUGGUGAAGGAUGAAUAUGUUCAUGACUUUGAGGGACAGCCAUCGUUAUCCACUGAAGGGCAUUCUAUUCAAACCAUUCAGCAUCCACCAAGUAAUCGUGCAUCGACGGAGACAUACAGCACCCCGGCUCUGUUAGCUCCAUCGGAGUCGAAUGCUGCCAGCACCACCAACUUUCCCAACAUUCCUGUGGCUUCCACAAGUCAGCCUGCCAGUAUACUGGCAGGCAGCCAUAGUGAAGGAUUGUUGCAGAUAGCUUCAGGGCCUCAGCCAGGACAGCAGCAGAAUGGAUUUACUGGGCAGCCAGCUACUUACCAUCAUAACAGCACUACCACCUGGACUGGAAGUAGGACCGCACCAUACACACCUAAUUUGCCUCACCACCAAAACGGCCAUCUUCAGCACCACCCGCCUAUGCCGCCCCAUCCCGGACAUUACUGGCCAGUUCACAAUGAGCUUGCAUUCCAGCCUCCCAUUUCCAAUCAUCCUGCUCCUGAGUAUUGGUGCUCCAUCGCUUACUUUGAAAUGGAUGUUCAAGUAGGAGAGACAUUUAAGGUUCCUUCAAGCUGCCCUAUUGUUACUGUUGAUGGAUAUGUGGACCCUUCUGGAGGAGAUCGCUUUUGCUUGGGUCAACUCUCCAAUGUCCAUAGGACAGAAGCCAUUGAGAGAGCAAGGUUGCACAUAGGCAAAGGUGUGCAGUUGGAAUGUAAAGGUGAAGGUGAUGUUUGGGUCAGGUGCCUUAGUGACCACGCAGUCUUUGUGCAGAGUUACUACUUAGACAGAGAAGCUGGGCGUGCACCUGGAGAUGCUGUUCAUAAGAUCUACCCAAGUGCAUAUAUAAAGGUCUUUGACUUGCGUCAGUGUCAUCGGCAGAUGCAGCAGCAGGCGGCCACUGCACAAGCGGCAGCAGCUGCUCAGGCUGCAGCUGUGGCAGGAAACAUCCCUGGCCCCGGAUCAGUGGGUGGGAUAGCUCCAGCGAUCAGUUUGUCAGCUGCCGCUGGAAUUGGUGUCGAUGACCUUCGUCGCUUAUGCAUACUCCGGAUGAGUUUUGUGAAAGGCUGGGGGCCGGAUUACCCGAGACAGAGCAUCAAAGAGACGCCUUGCUGGAUUGAGAUUCACUUACACCGGGCCCUGCAGCUCCUAGACGAAGUGCUCCACACCAUGCCUAUCGCCGACCCACAGCCUCUAGACUGAGGUCUUCUACUCCUGGGGCCUGUAAUGUUCGCUGUCAGGAUGGUGGACUAUAAAGUACAAUCCUGUUUAUAAUCUGAAGAUAUAUUUCACUUUUGUUCUGCUUUAUCUUUUCAUAAAGGGUUGAAAAAGGAUGUUUGCUGCCUUGCUCCUAGCAGACAGAAACUGGAUUAAAACAAAUUUUUUUUUAUCCUAUUUAGAACUUUUCAGGCAUGGCUCAGAGCUUGAAGAUCAGGAAAAAUACAUUCUUACUAUAUCUUCACCAGUUAUGUAUGAAGGAAUCAUUCCAGUGCUGGAAAAUUUAGCCCUUUAAAAUGUCUUAGACUCUUUUAUAUGCAGAACAUUGGUAUGUGUGUUAUUCUACAGAAUAAAUUCAAUAUUGCUGAUUUUAAAGGCAGAGAAGUUCUCAAAGUUAAUUCACCUGUUACUUUGUGUGUGAGUUGUUGUUGUUGAGCAUCCCUUACUCCAAAAUGCUGUGCCAUGUGGGUGAGUUAAUUUUACCAAGAGCAACUUUCCUCUGUGUUUAAAAAUAAGAUAGUAAUGUAUUAUAAUCUUUUAUCCAAAAUAUUUUUUGCAAGUUAAACUAGUGAAGAUGAUUUCCAUGCAGAUUGUCUUGUGACUUCAGUUUUAUUUUCGCCAAGGCAAAACACUAACCUCUGUGUAUACUGAGAAUUCCUUAAAAUUAUCAAAGAAAUACCAUUUAAAACGACACUUGUUGUCCCCGUUGGAUAACUAUUUAUUGAGCAGUAUAACUCUGGCCUGUUAAAGAGCAGACCUCUUUCUCUAGAUUUCUAGCCACAGGGUUGGUUACUAAGAAGCCCAGAAGAGGAAUUUCUUUCCUUCAUUAAUUCAUAGGGAAAGGUUUCGUAUUUUUUAAAACACUAAAAGCAGCGUCACUCCACCUAACAUCGCACCGUCUGCAGAGGUGGCAGUGCAUAACCUGAACGAUGAGCAUUUUGGAAACUGCUAAAUUCCGUGUUAAAUACUGUGCAGAGUAACGGACACACUGCAGUUCAUAAUAGGUAGUUUGGGUAUUUUUGUACUUGAUUUGAUGUGUGACUUUUUUUCCAUAUACUGUUAAAUCAUGUAUGUUAUAAUAUUGUUUAAAAUUCAGUUUUUGUAUCUUGGGGCAAGACUGCAAACUUUUUAUACCUUUUGGUUAUUCUAAGCCCUUUGCCCAUCAAUGAUCAUAUCGGUUGGCAGUGACUUUGUAUAGAGAAUUUAAGUAGAAAAGUUGAAAAUGUAAUGACUGUACCACAGACACAAUAUGUAUGCUUUUUUCGUAGCCGGUAGCAUAAAUAAAACCGAAUCUCAACAUA